GAAAGGAAGGGCAGCCAUUCCCGGGACUUUGGACUUGGCUCCGUUGCACCCCUGAACGCCUUCCAUGUGUUCUUUAAAGCCCUGUAGCUGUUUCCAGAGCAGGGCGAUGUGCCUCUGUUUGCUGGACUACUUUGGAGUCCAAUUAAACCUUCGAUCUGCUUUGAGGCAGGAACCAAGGUUGCUAGGAGAACACCUGUGCCCCCAGCACUUUGGUCCAGCAAGGGCAGGAGAGGAGAGCUGGAAACUGGUAGAGCUGUGCUACCUGCUACCUCCUGAGGCUCUCAGGGAGCAGGAGAAUCUGAACAUGAGUGGCAAGAGCUGGGUACUGAUCUCUACGACUUCGCCCCAGAGCCUGGAAGAUGAGAUUCUGGGACGGCUUCUGAAAAUUCUCUUCGUUUUGUUCGUUGACUUAAUGUCCAUUAUGUAUGUCGUCAUAACGUCCUAGCAACCUGACUUCCUUUACUCCGUGUGUAAAUUUCAAACCAAAUGCCAGCAAAUAAAGAUCUACAUUUUAAUCUGA